AUGAAAAGAGGAAAGAACUGGAGAUGAAGAAGAAACGAGAAGAGGCUAAAAGAAAAGAAGAGGAGAAAAGGAAAGCUGAAGGCAAGAGGAAACAAGAGGAAAUGAAGAGAAAACAAGAAGAGAAGAGGAAAAAAGAAAUAGCUGCCUUCAAAGCAAAAGAAAGUGAACAGAAGAAAGUAAAAGAAGGAUUUUUAAAAGACAAGUACAAAGAAACUGAAGAAAAGAUUGAAAAUUUCCAUGUGAACCUCAAGCAAUCACUUGCCCUUGAUAAUCCAGAGCCAGCUCGUAGCUUGCAGAUUAUGGCAAACAUUGACCAGAUAAUGGAUCGCCUAACCCCUAGUCUUCUCAAGAAACAUGUUGACUUUGUGCAGACAAUAAAGAAGGUGCGUAAGUUCAAGUCCAGUGAUGCGGUACGCAAGAAGGCGGAGUAUCUCUAUAACAAACUGAAGCUUGUGUUUCUGAUGCAAGAUUCUGAGAGUGCAGCCCUUCUCAAGAGAGAGAUGGAGAAUGAAGCAAAGAAAGUUGCCGAAACACCCAAAUCAGAUGACAAAGAGAACAGACUAAAUGAAGCAGUGGCUGAUGUGAAGACAGGAGAAAAAGAUGAAGUGAAUGACAAAGAAACAAAGCAAACCCAGGAAAACGGUGACAUGGACACUAGUGAACUUACAAAAAGCAAAUCAGAAGAACAUACCUUACAAACAGAUGAUGUAGACAAAGAAUUGGUUCAGAAUGAAUCUGUGAACUCCACUGAAACUGAUGGAAAGGAUGAAUAUGUUGACAUUGUACCACCUGAAGCAUCACCUACUCAAGGAGAAGAUGUUUCAGAGCAAAAAGAAACUGACAAGGAAGCAGCUGUAACUGAGGAACCACCUGUAGAAGUUGUAGAAGAUAUAGAUGAUAAGCAGGAAGAGAAAGAGGAGAAAGAAGAGAAGGAAAGAAAGAGGAGUGAAUCUCCGGAAAAUGCUUUUGGACGUGAUAUUUUUUCAGGAUCUAGCUUGGCAAGAGAUUUGCUGAAGCGCGCUGCAGAGGAGGGAUUAGUGAAGUUAGAUGGGGAGAAAUCAGAUGAAGUGGAAUUGGAGGAGGGUGAGGUUGAAGAGAAGGAGGAAGGUGAAAUGGGAGACGAUGAUAUGGCUUUAGCGACUCCUGAUCAGGAUAGCGAUGACAUGGAGCUUGGAACUCCGGAAGAACCGGCUGUUGAAAAAGAGGAGAAGCAGCCAGAAGAAACAGAGGAAGAUCCAGAAGAAGAGUCAAGGUUAGGAGAAGAUUGGUGGGAGCGGGCGCGGUCAUUGCUCCAGUCACGGCAAGGAUUUGAAACCAUCGACCAGAGCAGAGCGAACAAGGACGCAAAGAAGAGGAGUGGGCCUAGUACCCCUCCUAGGCCCAGCACAGACUCCUCAAGCAAAAAGGGUGAGAGCCAUCGACAAAGAUGGGAAGGCUCACGAACAGCAUCUUCCAAGCAUAAGGCACAACCCUCCAGAUCGGUACCUGUAGAAUAUGGCAGUGCAAAUAGGAGAGGGACAGACAGCAUCCCUCCAGAAUAUGGCAAAGCUUUGAGAAAUAAAGCAGACUCUGGUGACGACGACGAUGAUGAUGUUCCUCCAGAAUAUGGACAAGCAAACAGGCAUCAAAGUGCCGUUGAAGACGAUGACGAGGUCGAUGAUGAUGACGUUCCUCCGGAGUAUGGCAAAGCUCUACGCCAGCAAUCCAAUUCAAAGUCUUCCACCUUGGAGAAGGCACCUGUUUCAGUGCCUCAGGAUGGUCAGAGAAUACCUGUCCUAGGUGCUCCUACCUACCCUGUGGUACCACACCGGCCAAUCCCACCUCAUGGUGAUGACAUGGACAUCUCUGAUGGUGAACAAGAACAAGAAAGGCCAAAGGACAAAGACCAUGCAUUUAGUGAUGACUGCAUGGACACAGAUUCAGAUUGAUGGUCAAACCCUGCUGCAAUGGCUAAUACCUGCACAGAAAGGCCACCACCUGUUUAGAGAGGCCAAUAUUACAGACCCGGGACUAUAGGUAACAGACAUUGGCCUGUGAAAUUGAGAUCAUCUCAUUUCGUGGUUUGCUUGUUUAUAUGAAGGCAUUCUUGCAGCAUUCUUAUCGUUCUAUUUAAGCAGCUUUUUAUUUCAUCAAGGUCUUGUAAAUCAUCAUGUGUUGGUUCAAAGUGUAUGUCCCUGUGAUGUAGAAUGUAUUCAUAUGUACACCCAAGGUUCCUUGCAGAUCUUUGUUUACAUUUGGUCAAACUUGAGUGAACUGGUUGUGCAGCCAUUCCAGAGUAAUGAUAUGGAAAAACAAAUCUUGUUGGCAUAUUAAAAGUAUGUACGUAUUGACAUACAAAAAUGAGUACCAAUUGUGUUAUCAACUGGCAAAAACCAUGCACAUAUUUGGUAUUUAUAGUCACUGAAAUGUUACAAGAAGGUAGUAAGUAUCUGCUUGAUAAAAAGAAGGAAAGUAAGGCUGUACAUUAGAUGACCUUUAAUACAUUGAACUCUUGACAUCAAGUUUGUAGAAGUUAAAUCAGAGAUCUAUAAAAAAAAAAAAUAAGGAAAGGAAGGCAGAUUGAGAUGACCUUUACUACAUUGAACUCUUGACAUCAAGUUUGUGAAAGUUAAAUCAGAGAUUCUUUAUGCAUUCUUCACUUGUUCUGGGUCAUCUUGAAAGUUAGGUCAAUGUGAAGCAUCUUUGAAAGAUUGAUUUGAAUUUGAAGUAUGGAAUAAUGUAUUCAUACAAAAUUGCAAAUAACCUCUAAUUUUCUACCCAAAUCUUCAUAUCAGAAAGAUUUUAAAAAAAAUCAUAUGAUGGUAAUAUUGCAAACAUUUUAUGAUGAUUUAAUGAUGUUGAGUGAAUACCACACUGUGUAUGAGUAAGGAAUGUGCCAUUUAUUUCAAGGCAAUUAUUUGAAUGGCAGAAUCCAUACUUCUCUCAAUUUAACAAGAGUCACUAUUCAGUGGAAGCUUCUGAUAUGUAGUUGGUUUAUUUGUAAAGAUCUCCCAGUGAAAUCUGUCAUUCUGACUUCAUUUAGCGUGCCAAAAUUGUGUAUUGAUAGAAGCAGCAUUGCGAUCCCAUAAAUAUAUAUCCUAGGCUUGGUUUAGCAUCUAUACUGUGCUUGUAAUAUGGCAUACAGGAAUGAAUUGCAACAUCAGCCAUCAAAAGAAUGUAUAAUAAUAAUAAUAUUAUAGCGCUUAAUGCAUCAGCGAUGUAUCACAGAUCACAGAUUGGAAAGUAAAUACUAAGAUUAUUUCAUUACUAAACGAAUCGAGUACCACAACCUGUUACAUAACCAAUGAAUUAUGUCUGUGCCCUAGAUAUUUUUGUGAUUUAAAAGCAAUGAUGCUUCCUAUGGUGAAAGAUAGCAUGCUUGCUUUAAAGUCUGGAUGGUAAAGAGUUUAAUACAGCAUACAGAUGUUACUUUGCCAUAGGAAGAUAUUCAAGGAAGUUUUGUCAUUGAUUGCCUUACUUACAUUUUGUCUGUUUGGAGUCACAAGGGCAUUAACUCCUACUUGAACACAUAGUUAUACUCCUUGUAGCUCCAAGCAGACAAUUUCAGAAUAAGGCUUCGUUCAGAUAUAAGAUGAUAGACCACGGUGGCUCGUUUUUGUCAUGAUGGCGCAAGUGUAAUAAACUUCACACUUUUGUAUCUUAUAACACAUAGCUCAGCGAAUUCACGUAGGACCUUUGUUGCGCACAUUUGCCAUCCAUUACAUUAUUUCUUUCUCAUAGUGGUUUACUGCUGCAUAUCUAAACAAACCUUAAUGUGUGUCAUGUAGGUUGCGGUAAGAAUGAUAAUGUAAUGAUUAAUUUCUAAGCCAAAGUUUGGUGAUCAUCUUUAUUUGUUGACUGGAUUUUGUGAUGAACAGCUCUAUUGUUCUGUCAUUAUUGACUCUUUAAAAAUGAACAACCAUAGCAGAAUAUUUUUUGUUAAAAGACACAUGUUCUUGCAAUAUUUUCUCCAGGUCAAUUUAUUCUUGAGAAACCAAAUAAUAGCCUCCUCCGUGGAGCACUGCUAUACCUAAUCUAAAGUUAUCAUACAUUUAUACUUCAUAAUAUUGACAAAAUAAAGCAUGUAGUAAAUGUAGCCGGAGCAUAUGUCAGAUGAGUGAUACGUUCUUGUUCUAUUCAUGACUAAGUUAUAAAAUGUUACCAUCAUUCAAAUUCAAGAAACUUUUUUUGUGUGCCAAGGUGCUUAAAUUCAUUGUUGUAAAAGCUAUUGAAUGUAAUAAGAUUGAAAUAAUUGUAUUGCUUUUUGCAUACAAGUUACUAUUAUCUUCUUUUUUCCAGAUUGACUUUGUAUAAAAUACAAUCAAAUCAUCACAGGACUGUACAGAAGACUUUGAAUGUUGUAAUAAAAUGACUUGUGUAUAUAUCAACUA